AUGCUCGCGUCCCUAUUCAGCUCGCCGACUGUCAAGGUCACCCUCUCCGAAGACGAGGUGUUCGUCCAUCCCGUCGACGCAGACUACCCCACCCAAGACCCAGUCUUGCGAGGGACGACGCUCCUCUCGCUCCCUUCUCGCAAGGCAGUCAAGCGCAUCAAGGUCGUCCUCGAAGGCCUCUGCGACGUCCAGGCCGGCGCCGGGAACCCCUACGAGACGACCCUCGUCCUUCGCAAGGAGCUCGAGACGGACCUCGGCGGCGAGUGCAUCUCCGAGGGUCAUCACGCGUUCAACUUUGCAUUCAUCAUCCCCUCGACGACGCCCGCCUCGCAGCGCUGUAUCUACGGCCGCAUACGGUACUACGUCAAAGCGACAGUCGAGUUUGAUGGCGUACUCAGCCCAUCGGUCUGCUCCCCGUCGGUCGCUUUCUGGGUCUGCGGGAACCCCUCUCCGCCCGGCGAGUUGCCCAGCACGACGGACUUGUCGUUCCAGCACUUUUCCGAAGACUUGGGCCCCGUCGGCAUCGGCGUCUCGUCGCCUCACCUAACGGUUGCCGCACUCGUCAACAUCCGCCUUUCUCUCCUCGGUCCCGUCAAACCAGUCACCAUCAUCUCCGUCAACGGCAUCAUCACGCAAACCUUUGAAGUGACCUACGCCGACGGGCGGGUUGCGCGUCCGAAACCCAAAGCUCACGUCUUGACGAAGGUGGACCAGAAGGCUAGCCCGUCGCUUGUCGUCCCGAUCCACAACCCGGCGACGUGUACCGAAGAACCUGGACAACUAGACGAAGGCGCGAUCCCAGCUCAGACGAACCCAUGCGUCCCAGCUCCCUCGUUCAGACCCGUCUCGAAAUGCUGCGCGAUUCACCCAGACGUGCCCGUUCCCGACCCAAGUCCGCUCGUACACCUCGAGGCGGGUCAAGAGUUCCACCAUGCGAGGAUCUGUCGUGUACCGACGGACGACCAUGUACGCCCGAGUACGCUCGACGGGUCGAGGGGGACGAGGAUUCGCGUGUCGCAUGUGUUGAGCGUCGAGGUUAGGUACAAGAAGGACGGGUCGGAUGAGGAGAUGGUCUUGACGAUGGGCAAGCCCGUCACCAUCACGAGCUGCUGCUGCCUCGUCGACUCUCUCUUCCUCCCCGCCUACAGCGCCGACCGCGCGACACCCACCAUCACCGAACCAAUCAAGAACCACUGUCUCUGCAACCUGACGACCAAAUCGCUCCUCGACCGGGACGGCGAACAACUGCGUCGGGCGGGGGCGAUCGAGAAACCCGUGACGGAGAGGUCGUUGGGCAUCGCGAGGGAGGAUAAGAGUCCGGCUUGGACGAGCGGGUUGGGAGAGUAUGCGAGCGCGUGUGUCGUCAGGCAGGACAGCGGGUACCAAGAGUCGGGUGACGUGAUCGUUGAGGCGUGA